AAGGCGAUGGCUGCACGGCUGAUUGAUGUGGAAUGCAUAGCGACAGUGCGCGACCUGUGGCACCACAUUCACGACCAGGUGACAGCUACUGCAGAGGAGACCAUCGGGCGCGCAAACUGUAAGCGGCCUGAUUGGUUUGAUAACAAUAAUGCGACGAUUGGCGCGUUGGUGUCGGGGAAGAAUGCAGAAUUUGCUGCACAUGUGGCAGACCGUAGUGACUUGGGGAAGAAGA